GAAUACGAAAAAAUCCAAAUGAAAAUUUUUACAGGUGAUAAAUGCCCAAAAAAUAAAUUUAAUAUAUCCAAAAUGUUGCAGUAAGACAGGUAAAUAAAUCAUAUUGCUUACUUGUCACCACUUAUCUCUUAAAUAAAGGACUCGAAGUAGUUUUAUUUUCCUGAAAUUCAGUGUAAAUCAAUUUUGACAUUAUCUCAGCGGCUGUCAGUUGUUUUACGUUUUAUUACAUUUUUUCCUCACUGAUUUCUAUUUAUAUACGAUUCUAAAUUGUACACAAACCUUCAUGCGGCUCGGGCUGCAGGGAUGCUCACUUAUGGCUAUGAUGCAACGAGAUGAUAAGGUUCGGCUAACGAAAACCGUGAAUAUUUCCUUCCCGUAUGGCUGCGUAUGUUAAUCGUACCAUAUCAAUGAUGGCUGGUGAUGGGCCGCAUAACGUCGCAACGCUCAAUAAUGGUGCUGUCCGUGUCAACAUGACUAAUGUGGACUCCCCGCUACAGAUAUUUGUAAGGGCCAAGAAGAAGAUCAAUGACAUUUUCAUUGAGAUUGAUGACUAUGUCAAGGAUGCAGUUACAUUUAUGCAUGCAGUGUCGGGCGAAAACAAGAUCGCAACUUCUCAGGAUGUGGCUAACAUCGAGGCUUACGUCAACAAAGUGCAGGCUAUUCGGGAAGUGCUCAAAAGAGACCAUAUGAAGGUGGCCUUCUUUGGCAGAACAAGCAACGGAAAAAGCACGGUAAUAAAUGCUAUGCUCCAUGACAAAAUACUACCCAGCGGCAUCGGCCACACGACCAACUGCUUCUUGCAGGUAGAGGGCUCUGACACAGAUGAAGCCUUCUUGCGUACCGAAGGCUCAGAAGAGAAGCUUAAUGUGCAGUCGGUGAGCCAGCUGGGGCACGCGCUGUGCGCGUCGCGGCUGCAAGAGUGCGCGCUGGUGCACGUGCACUGGCCGCGCGAGCUGUGCGCGCUGCUGCGAGACGACGUGGUGCUGGUGGACAGCCCCGGCGUCGACGUCACGCCCAACCUGGACCAGUGGAUCGACCGCUACUGCCUCGACGCCGACGUCUUCGUGCUCGUCGCCAACGCCGAGUCCACCUUGAUGGUCACGGAGAAGAACUUCUUCCACAAAGUUUCUACGAAGAUAUCACAACCGAAUAUAUUCAUACUGAACAAUCGAUGGGACGCCUCUGCUUCGGAGCCUGAAUAUUUGGAUCAGGUACGCACUCAGCAUGCUAACCGUUGUGUGGAUUUUCUGUCACGUGAACUUCGUGUAUGCACUCCAAAGGAAGCGGAGGAGAGGAUAUUCUUCAUAUCGGCUAAGGAGGCUCUACUCACCCGCAUGAGAGAAAGAGAAAAACCAGUUUCAUCGCCGAUCCUGGCGGACGGGCACCAGGUGCGGUACUUCGAGUUCGUGGACUUCGAGCGCAAGUUCGAGGAGUGCAUCAGCCAGUCGGCCGUGCGCACCAAGUUCGCGCAGCACUCGCGCCGCGGCAAGAACAUCGCCGCAGACGUCAUGGCCGCACUCGACCAGGUGUACAACAAGGCCAGCGACAUGAAGUCGAGCAAGGUGGAGAAGCAGCGCGUGCUGCACGAGCAGCUGUCGGCCGUCGAGGAGCAGCUCACCGCCAUCACGCGCCAGAUGAAGGACAAGAUCGGACGCAUGGUCGAGAGCGUCGAACACAAGGUGUCGCUGACGCUGAGCCAGGAGAUCCGGCGGCUGUCGGCGCUGGUGGACGAGUACGACGCGCCGUUCCGCGCGGAGCGCGCGGCGCUGGAGCAGUACAAGCGCGCGCUGCACCGCCACGUCGAGGCCGGCCUCGGCUCGCGCCUCAAGAAGCGCCUCUCCUCCGACAUCGGACACGAGAUGGACGCCGUGCAGAAGGAAAUGGCCGAACGAAUGUACAACAUCCUGCCACCGCACAAGCGAGCGGCAGCUGCCAACUACAUCGUCCCUCACCAGCAACCCUUCGAAGUAUUGUAUCGGUUGAAUUGUGACAACCUGUGUGCGGACUUCCAGGAGGAUCUAUCGUUUAGGUUUUCCUAUGGAAUCACUGCACUCAUUCAGCGCUUCCAGGGAAAGAACACCAACAAAAUUGCACUAAAGAACCCACCACAGUACACUCCGAUGGCGGCGACAAUAGGCCCCCCAGCGGUGGGUGCGGAGGUGGUGCGGCACAACGGUGGCAGCGCAGCCGGCGUGGGCCCGCUCAGCGCCGAGGAGUGGGGGCUGGUGUCCCGCUUUGCACUGGGCGCGCUCACUUCACAGGGCACCAUGGGAGCCCUGCUGCUCUCCGGACUGCUGCUGAAGACGGUGGGGUGGCGCGUGGUGCUGGCGACGGGCGCGCUGUACGGCGCGCUGUACGCGUACGAGCGCCUCACGUGGACGGCCAAGGCGCAGGAGCGCCUCUUCAAGAAGCAGUACGUGGCGCACGCCGGCAAGAAGCUGCGCCUCAUCGUCGACCUCACCUCCGCCAACUGCAGCCAUCAAGUGCAACAGGAACUGUCGACGAUGUUCGCCCGCCUGUGCCGGCUCAUCGACGAGGCGACCACGGAGAUGGACACGGAGCUGUCGGAGGUGCGCGAGGCCAUCAAGAUGCUGGAGGACGCCUCCACCUCGGCCAAGAAGCUGCGCAACAAGGCCAACUACCUCAGCCACGAGCUCGAGCUGUUCGACGACGCCUUCCUCAAGCACAACUAGACUAAUUGAAGACUGUCGCUAUGCGAGAGACAUCAUUUACACGGGGUGGCUGAUGAGCCCCUGUGCUUUCGUAAUGCAGAUGACGGGUUGUUGAGUUUGUCUCGUAAACGAAGGAAAGUAAUACCAAUACAUUCUGUUACGUGCGAAGUAUCUCAUUGAUAUUUAUGAAGUUUUGUAUUAGUGCCUUUAUUCAGUUUAUGAAUAAUUUGCUUGCAAUCUAUCCUCCCGUCCCGAGAGAUUAUUUCUUGUAAUAUUCUGUACAAACAUGCAAUUCAGACUUCAAAGUUUAAUUUAUUCACUGAAUACAUUGUUGUUAAUAGCGAUUGAAUAAAAAUAACCUUUUGAUCUAUAACAGCUAGAGUAAGAAUUUACGUUGCAUGUAUACUAAAGUUAAUAGGGUAAAUCAAUAAGUUUAUGAAAACAUUAUAAUAUAAUACAGCAGUUUAACUAAAACUGUUUUCUUUAACUAACAACUUAACUAAAAUUAUGUUAAUAUUUAAUCUUGAACUGCCUAAAUAUCUUAUUAUAUACUUUAAAAUAAAUUAAAAGCUAUUUAGGAUAUUGUGUUUAAUAAUAACCAAAAGCAAUGCUAUAAAAACAUUACUAAUCUUUCACCACUUCUGGUAAGCUUAAAAUAUUUGUGUUUAGAGUGGUUCAAGACAGUAAUCGAGGUUGGCGGAUUCGAACCCACGAGUUCGCGGUCCGCACCCUAUCGUUAGCCUACUGUCGCUUAUUUCAUAUUAAAGUUAGCGAAAAAAAUUAAACUUUGAAGUUAAUGCUUGCAACACGGCAAUGUUUGUACAAACGCUUUGUAAUAACAUAAUGAUCAUUAUAAUAAUUGUCGUACAUUUUUUAUUAGCGUUAUUAUCGAAAAAAAAAAACAAUCAACUGCUUCGAGAAUAUUGACAACGAUGUGACUAUUACAUGUGUCACAGUUCCGAUAGGUCGUAAGCGACUAAAGUCGAAAUGUUUGUUAAAUAGCAAAAUAUAUAUUUAAAUGUAAUACGGGAUUGCCUGUUCGGAAGGUAAACAUUUUGUAGGUUUUAUAACACUUAACUUUUUUUUGUAUAAGAUACAAGAAAUAUACAGAUAGGUAGGAAUAGGAUAGACUCCAUGUAUAAUAAAUUACCUUGGUUUGUGGCUGUAUAUUCCCUAUUAAACGCUUUUGUUGUUGUUUUAGUUAAUUUAUCACCGUUAAGGUGUUUUAAUUAGAUCGCUGCUUCUUGUUAGAUUGUUGUAACGUUUCAUUUUAUCCAUGUUUUAACACUUUUGUUGUAAUUGUGUUCAAAUGUUUACCUUCCUAUUUUCAACACCCUGGUGCUACGAAUUGCAUGUGUAUAUAAGCAGGAUAUAUGGGAAACUCUUAAAUAUAUAGAAUUGUUGUUCUACUGGGAUCGCCCGUAGAGUUAAUGUAAUGAAAUUAUCAAAUCUCACGGGCCGGUUGUCCGCAGUAUGUAUUAUAUAUACAUAUUAAUUAAAUUAGUUGUUUUCGUUAAGCUAUUGGCCUAUUGAAGCUGAUAUAUUAUAACAAAUAUGUUAUGAAAUGAAUUAUUUUAAUGUAAAUUUUGAGCAUUGUUAUUGUGUACAUGUGCAAGAGGCCCUCAGCAAUCAAUCAAAUUUAUUAAAGACCGAUUUGGUUAAGAUUGCGAAUAUUGGCGAAGAGCGCCAGAACAUUUUAAAGCUUGCGUUGCUUUAAAAAUAUAGUAGCCUCGACAAACUGGUUACCAAAUGCGAUAUUAUUGUAGAUGCGGUCCGAGGCGUUAGCUAUGGGUUCCAACUGUUUUUAGCUGACAAGAAUGGAUUAGUUAAUUUGUACCGAUUUUUUAAAUUUUUUGAUUAAAUUAAGUUUUAUAUUUUUAUCGCUCCACUGUUACAAAGACAUUUUUAAAAAUUUACUGGAAACUGAUCACUGACUUUUAUGUAAAUUAUCUGAAUAUUGUUAGACAUAAUUUGGGUUUUUGUGAGAUAUAUUUUCAAAUUUGAAAUAUCCUUCUGCAUAAUAACUAGACUGAGAUAUCUAUUUAAAUAUAUUUAAUUUUUUACCUUGAAUAUUUGAGCUAUGACUUUUUUAAUAAUCGUGUUUCAUUAUUAAUGAUGUAUAGAGAUGAAUUCUCUUGGAACACAUAGUGAACGUUGGCCGAGUAGAUACAUUUUUUUAAGUUGUAAUUUAUAUUGUGACACAUGUAUAAAAUGUAGCAAACAGAGGGAGCGUUCUAUGUGUAUAUUUAUUUAUUGUUGAAAAAAGCUUUUAAUAUCAUAUGUUUAUCUAAUAUUUCUCCUCUGCUUAGAUCAAAGUGUAAGUUUGUUGCUCCAAAUCUCUAUGGUUUUACUAUCUCAAGUAAAAAAAAAAACUUGUAAUCCACAUGUGUGCAACGGGCCUUUGUCUGACGUUUAAAAAUAAAUUGUAUUGUAAUUAAAAUCACGAUGAAGUGAUUGGAAUUAGUUUAUUUUUACGUAAAAAUAUAUUACGUUAAAAGUGUUGCGAGUUGUAAGAUAAGUGAGAACGCUGCAGCUAUUUAUUUAAGCUAGGGUUGUGCCGAAGCUACUUUUUCAAAAGUUUUGUUAAAUGAUGUUGGUUUUGUUAAAGGCACUUGUGUAUACAAAUUUCACUCAUAAAUACAGUAAACAAAGGCAGUUUUUUGAGUGACCAUAAAGUGAUAUUGUUUUUUCGCGUAACCUGAAAGUGAACUGGUUAUUUGUUACAACCCUAAUUUCAAAAGCUGUUAAAAGUAAUUGGAAGUAUGAAAUAGUCUUUAACAAGCGUUCCUCUGGGAGUCCAGCGUCAUGUAAAAUUUAAUGAAUUCGACGUUUUGGAAGCCAUGCAACUAUUUCGUGUUAGAUAGAUUUUGUUGUCCAAUGUAAUUAGUUAUCACAUAAUUAGGUGAAUAUUCUUAUGUAAAUAAAUAAAGGAUUCCUUUAU